GAAGCCCUGCGCGAGGGAGGGAAAGGGGCGUGGCGAAGUGUCGGUCGCGAGGGGGCCACGCUGGGAGCUCCCCUCAAGGUGGUGUGGCUGGGGGCCUUGUCGCCCUCCUUCCCUCCCUCCCUCCCUGUGGCCUGACAGAGUUGUGAGGGAAGAGAGGCGUGCCCUUCCUGCCUUCCUUCCCUUCCCUCUCCCCUCCCUCUCCGUCUCCGCUGGGUUUCUAGGGACUUUCCAGAGGCGCUUCCUGGCCCGCCCCGUUUCCGCCCGCGSCUCCUUCCGAAGCCAGGGCAGGGCAAGGCAAGGCAAGGUGGCGGGCGGGCACUCUUCCUCCUAUCCUUCCGCGCCAUGGACUGCGAGGGGUACCGCUCGUGCUUGGAUGGUUUGGAUUAUGAUGAUUUCCAGUUUGGCUCUCAUUUGAUUGAGCAGAAGGAGUUGCAUAUGGAGACAGCUGAAGGCCCAUUCCUCACUAUCAUUGAACAGCCAAAGCAGCGAGGUUUCCGAUUCCGGUAUGGCUGCGAAGGGCCUUCACAUGGUGGGUUGCCUGGAGCUUCUAGUGAAAAGGGACACAAAACUUAUCCCACUGUCAAGAUUUCUAAUUAUGUUGGACUGGCCAGGAUAGAAGUGGACCUGGUGACGCACACUGACCCUCCACAGGUGCAUGCCCAUAGUCUGGUGGGAAAGCAAUGCAACGAAGAUGGCAACUGCAUUGUGACAGUGGGCCCAAAGGACAUGACUGCGCAAUUUAAUAAUCUGGGCGUACUCCAUGUAACCAAGAAAAACAUGAUGGAGAUAAUCAAGAACAAACUUCAGAAGCGGAAGAUGCGAAAUAGGACGCAAUCUCUGACAGAAUCUGACCAAGAUGAGCUUGACCAAGAAGCAAAAGAGCUGAAGAAGACAAUGGAUCUCAGCAUUGUUCGCUUGCGUUUCAGUGCCUACCUCCGUGACAGCAAUGGAAACUUCACUCUGGCAUUGAAGCCAGUUGUCUCAGAUCCCAUUCAUGACAGCAAGUCUCCUGGAGCUUCCAACCUGAAAAUCUCUCGUAUGGACAAGACAGCUGGUUCUGUGCGAGGUGGGGAUGAAGUCUACUUGCUGUGUGAUAAAGUUCAGAAAGAUGAUAUUGAAGUACGAUUUUACGAAGAUGAUGAAAAUGGCUGGCAGGCCUUUGGAGAUUUCUCCCCUACUGAUGUUCAUAAACAGUAUGCUAUUGUGUUCCGCACGCCUCCCUAUCACAAGACGCAGAUCGAUCGCCCAGUCACUGUGUUCCUCCAACUGAAGCGCAAGCGUGGAGGUGAUGUCAGUGACUCCAAGCAGUUUACAUAUUAUCCGAUUGUUGAAGAUAAGGAAGAAGUGGAAAGGAAGCGUAAGAAGUUCUUGCCUCAAUUUCCUCAACAUUUUGGUGGAGGUGCCCCUAUGGGAGGAGCAGGUGGUGGAGCUGGUGGAUUUGGCUCUGGUGGAGGUGGAAAUCCCUGGAACUCUGCAGGAUACAGUCCUUACAAUAGCAACAUCUACCUAUCUGGCACCCACCCUGUGGGCAGCUAUCAAGGAGGGAGAGGCAUUCAGAUGCCUAAAGCUGUCCCAGUGGAAGAUGGGGACCGUCAGCUCUCAGAGGAUAGGAAACAAGCCUUCACAGAUGAAAAGGAUUGCCUAGAACUUCUACAGCAUGCUCAAGAAUGCAGCUCAUGGAUGCUGAUGCUGGCUCGACGCAGCGCUCGGGCCCUUCUGGACUAUGCUGUCACUGCUGACCCACGUAUGCUCUUGGCUGUGCAGAGACACCUUGCAGCGUCUCAGGAUGAGAAUGGAGACACACCUUUACACCUGGCAGUUAUUCAUGAGCAGACAGCUGUGAUUGCACAACUGGUCCAAGUGGCAGUCAGUAUCCCCAAUCAACAGAUCAUCAACAUCGCCAAUCAUUUGCAGCAGACACCUCUGCACUUGGCUGUGAUCACCCGUCAGCCCAGGGUGGCUGGUUUCUUGCUCCAAGCUGGUGCAGAUCCCACUCUGCUGGAUCGCUAUGGCAAUUCAAUAAUUCACCUUGCCCUUCAGCUGGGAGAUGAAGAGAUGCUGAGAACCCUUCUAUGUCACUUGGGGCCCCAUACACUCCACCUUCUUGAGACACCAAACUACCUUGGGCUUUUCCCCGUUCAUCUUGCUGUAAAAUGCAAGAGGCUAACCUGCCUUGAGCUGCUGGUUGAGAAGGGAGCAGAUGUGAAUGCAGCUGAGCGACAGAGUGGCCGGACACCCUUGCACCUCGCUGUGGAGAUGGAGAACCUGAACCUGGUCACUUGCCUGAUAAAGAAGUUGGGAGCUGAUGUGAAUGCCCAGACUUCUGCUGGGAAUACGCCUCUUCACUUGGCAGCAGGAAUGGGCUCUCCAAUCCUUACCAAGUUGCUGAUCAAAGCAGGGGCUGACAUUCAUUGUGAGAAUGGUGAACCAAUGACGGCUACCUCCUCUAAUUCAAGCAGUGAUACAGAGUUAGAGGAGGAUUGGGCCAUGGAACUGGAAGAUGAAUUUUCCAGUCACUUUAUUGAGCGAGAUGUAGGCCGCCACCCAGAGCAAGAAGAACCAACUCCAUGCAGGAAAAGGCAGCGGCGAGGUCACAUCCCAUUUGACUUGACAACUAGCCAGAAAGUGCGGGAAAUACUGCUUCUGGCUUCACUGGAGGAACCUGAAAGGGAGCAGACUGCAGCUCCUCCUCUUUCUAGGCAAGGGAACAUCCUGUCUCUGGAUAGUGAUACUUUCCAGUGCCUGGAGCAUCUCCUGAACCGGGACUGCCACGGAGCAGACUGGGUGGAACUGGCCAAGAGGUUGGGUCUCUGCAGUCUGGUGGAGACUUACAGAGACACGCCUUCCCCCAGCCGGAGACUCCUGCUCAGCUAUGAGCUUGCUGGUGGCAGCCUUAAGGGCUUGUUGGAAGCCCUUGAGACAAUGGGACUGACAGAGGGAGUGAAGUUACUACGUAGAACAGAGUCUUUCCCUGAAGUACAAAGUACAGAACUGAAGGAAGACAGUGGUUAUAGGAGUCAGUCGGUGGAAAAGAAGCCAAUGGUCCCAUCUGGGAAGAUGCCGUCAGCACCUUUAUUGGACCCGCCAUCACUCUCACUUCACAACCAGGAGGAGCAAGUGCACUGAUGUUUGGAGGCCCAGAACCUGACUGACUGCAUGGGGAGGUGUUCCCCAGUCCCAGGUUCCAGCAGCAAUGACUGGGAGUGCUGCACAGUGCUGAUUUUAAUGGUUGGUCUAGAAAAGAGAGUUCAGCUUGUCUGCUGGCUACAUCAGGCCUGGCCCAUUGUGGGGGGAAAAGCACUCGGCUUUCAGUCUUGUUCAAGUCAAGACUGGAAUCUUCCUCCUAUUUUCUCCCGUCUUCCUCUGCAAUGGUUGUUACUUGCCGGGCAAUGGAAACUACUUCUGUGCAAGCUGCUGGAAGAACAUCCUUUGCCAGGCUCCUGCAAAUCUUACCCACACAGUGCCUUUGCAAGCCUUCUACAUCCUGGUGCUUCUUCUUUGGGAACUGAUGGAAUCAAGCCUUUUUUUCUGAGCAGAAUCUCCAAAAUUGUACCAAAGGUAGGCUGUCUUAGCAGGUUGAAUUCCUUAAGUUCAUAUCGCAAGUAGGUCUUGAGGAGUUGGAAGGGCUCUCGCAGGCCAUCAGGUCCAAGCCCCCACUGCCACACCACCCUAUGCAAUUGCUUACUCAUAUGAUGGCCAUUUGGGGUGUGAUUAAUCCCUUCCAUUUUAUAGAUAGGGCAGUUGUUUUGCCCUUUUCCUUAACUGUUUUAACACUUGUCGAGUGACAAAAGGCACCUUCUGAGAAUGCUAAUGAUGUCAGUAUCCACAUUUUGCAAGUAGAAUUGCUGAUGCCUUGUUCCAAAUAGCAGCCUGUAAUUGCAUUUCCUAUUCAGAAAGUUGCAGAGUGUAAAUAUGUCAUUAAUAACAUGCUAUGUAAAUAGCAAUCCCAAUGAUAUUAAAUUCCUCAGUGGGGAAGAAAGUUGACAAGUCCUUGCAUACAUUGCUCAUAUUCUGAGGGAAUAAUGAUUUUCAGUUCUGAAUCUGAGUUGGAUUAUUAUCAGGAAUUUAAAGCUGAAAUUUCUUCACUCAGAAAAUGCUCAGUUCUGUGAUGAAUAAAUGAUUCAAAUUUG